AUGGAAGUUUGCCCUACAGUUCUGAAGAAAAUAUGUAGAAGAGGUGGUCUUCCUCAAUGCUGCUCGGAGUAUGGAAUUGCAGCAUUGAGGGAAAUGGCACGUAAGACAGAGAAUGAAGAAGUAAGGACGACUGCGGAAGCGGAGAUUGUAACGCUGGAGGAACAGAUCACUGAGAUUCAUGAGUCGUCGAUCAGAGAGAGAGCUGCGAUCCGAUGUGCAAGAGCUACGAUGCUCCUCUACAAACUGGCAUCAUCGUCUCGCGAUCCAACGGCCACCAUCGAUUCCGGCAGCGAGGAAGGAGAGACGCGAAGAGAAAAUGAGGAUCUGAAGAAAAAGCUUGCGAUGGAGAAGAAAAGGACUAAUCGGAUUAAGCUUUGCGGCUUCAUGGAGAUGCUUCUUCUCGUCGUUCUGGUUUUGUUGAUUUCCACUUUUUUCCUCGUCUUCUUUCUCGGUUCUCGUUGA